ACAACAGCUUUGGCCAAGGCGGGGACUUCAGGACAGGGAACCCGGGGUCCUCGCUGCAGCCCCGGCCCCAUGGAGGAGAGUUUUCUCGAAUCCUUUGGGAGGCUGAGCCUCCAGCAGUCGCAGACACGGGUGCCAGCCCCCCCGCCCCCGUGUGGGACACCCCCGUGCCACCACAGCUUUAGGAAACACCUCUACUUCCUGCGAGGCCUCCCAGGCUCCGGGAAAACCACGCUGGCCAGACAAUUGCAACAUGACUUUCCCAGGGCCCUGAUUUUCAGCACGGAUGACUUUUUCUUCAGGGAAGAUGGUGCCUAUGAGUUCACUCCAGACUUCCUAGAGGAGGCUCAUGAAUGGAACCAGAAAAGAGCAAGAAAAGCAAUGAGGAAUGGCAUAUCCCCCAUUAGUAUUGAUAAUACCAACCUCCAUUCCCAUGCAAACAUACUGUGCGCACUUGAAAAUAACUAUGAAGUUAUAUUCCGAGAACCCGAGACUCGCUGGAAAUUCAACGUGCAAGAGUUAGCCAGAAAAAACAUUCAUGAAGUCCCAAAAGAAAAAAUACAUCGAAUGAAAGAACGGUAUGAGCACGGUGUUACCUUUCAUAGUGUGCUUCGCGCAGAAAAACCAAGCAGAGUGAACAGAAGCCAGGACAGGAGCGGUGCAUCGCCUUCCAGUGGGGCAGGAUACUGGAAUACCUACGCAGAGUUUCCAAACCGGAGGGCUCCUGGGGGCUUUACACAUGAGAGCCCCUUUAACAGAAGAGGCGGUUAUCACCAUGGAUAUUAGAGGCUGAUCUUACAGGCAGAGUUUUCCUAAAUCAGUUUUUCUUCGAUUUUUGGUAUUUA